CAACAGCUCCGCAGAAACGCAGGUUUAUCAACAUUUCCACGCGAUGACGAAAAGAAAACUCGAACAGAAUCACACUGAAAAGAAGAAAAAGAAAGUCAGAGAAGAAAUAGUGCUAGAAUCUACAAUAUCCUCCGAAGAAAUUCCCAAAACUCAGACAAAAUGGACAAACAAAGAAAGAGUGCUUGUUUUUUCGUCGCGAGGGAUCUCAUACAGGGGCCGUCACUUGAUGAAUGACUUACGGACCCUUAUGCCUCAUUCAAAAGCUGAAUCAAAAAUGGACAGAAAAGAUCAACUGUUUGUCAUCAAUGAGAUGUGUGAGAUGAGAAAUUGUUCAAAAUGUAUUUACCUGGAAGCAAAGAAGAAACAGGAUCUUUACAUGUGGUUGUCAAACGUACCAAGAGGACCUUCUGCCAAAUUCCUGAUAGAAAAUUUACACACAAUGUCAGAGUUGAAGAUGACUGGGAAUUGUCUGAAGGGCUCCAGGCCUUUACUCUCAUUUGACCAGGAGUUUGAUAAAGAGCCACACUGGACCCUCUUAAAAGAACUUUUAAUACAGAUAUUCAGUACGCCAAACCAUCAUCCUAAGAGCCAGCCAUUUUUUGAUCAUGUGUACACAUUUUCCAUUGCUGACAACCGAAUCUGGUUCAGAAAUUACCAGAUUCUGGAGGAGGAUGGCUCCUUAGCAGAGAUUGGACCCAGGUUUGUUUUGAAUCCUAUCAGAAUAUUUGAUGGCAGCUUUGGAGGAGCUACUUUAUACCAGAAUCCCCAUUAUGUAUCUCCAAAUGAUCUGAGACAUUUGAUGAGGAAGAAGGGUGCCCAGAAAUACAUGUCCAGAAUCCAGGCCAAAAAAUCCUUGGAGACGCGACGUGGUCAGCCAUCUUACGAGACCGACCCCACAGACGAGGUGUUCGUUACGAUACGACCUGACGCUUUUCAGGACGAUUCUUGAUAAAGGAUGAAACGAAAAUGGUUGAUAUUGUACAGGAGUGAUCUAUGCAAUAUUGCAGAACACUAUUUAUAUAUCAAGCUUAAAUUUCCAAGGGAGAGUAAUCUAUAAAAUGAGAGAUUUUUUUAUUCAGUCAUUGGACAAAGACCAGGACCUUUCUUAUUACUGUAUUGUGAAAAGGUGAAAGUUUUACUGUAAUGAAAUAAAUUGUAUGACUUCAAAGUUACUAACUGUAAAAUUACCAAUAUAUAACAUUACCUGAUGUAAACCCUUCAUAAUAGACCAUUUGACAUAAGACUCCCUAAUAUGAACUUAAAUGAAAUGGAUAUUUGAAUAAAUAUUGAAAUUUUGUUGAAA